AACUCUGGAGACCACAUGAGAAUUCACUCUGAAAAGAAGACUAUAUCCUGCGAACAGUGUGGAAAAAGUUUCAAUCAAAAAGGAAAUUUUAACAAGCACAUGAGAGUUCACACUGGAGAAAAGCCUUACACAUGCCCUCAGUGUGGACACCGUUUUGCUCAAAAGGUACACCUUACCGCUCACAUGAGACUUCACACUGGAGAGAACCUUUACAUAUGCCCUCAGUGUGGAAAGCGAUAUGCUCAACAAGGAAACCUUAAAGUUCACAUGAGGAUUCACACUGGGGAGAGCCCUUUUUCCUGCCAACACUGUGAAAAAAGUUUCACUCGUAAAGAAAGUCUUGACAAGCACAUAAGAAUUCACACUGGAGAAAAGCCUUUCAUAUGCACUCAGUGUGGAAAAUGUUUCACCCUAAAAGAAAACUUUACCAGGCAUGUGAGGACUCACACUGGAGAGAAGCCUUACACAUGCCAACACUGUGGAGAGAGUUUUUCUCAACAAGGAAACCUUAAUAUUCACAUGAGAAUUCACAACGGAGAGAAUCCUUACAUAUGUUCUCAGUGUGGAAAAAGUUUCUGUCAACAAGGAAACCUUAAAAUCCACAUGAGAAUACACAAUGGAGAGAAGCCUUUUUCCUGCCAGCUGUGUGGAAAACGUUUCACGCGUAAAAUAGGUUUUAAAAGGCACAUGAGCAUUCACACUGGCGAAAAGCCUUACACAUGCUCUCAAUGUGGAAAAAGUUUCAUUCAACAUGGAAACCUUACAGUCCACAUGAGAAUACACAAUGGAGAGAGUCCCUUCAUGUGCCAGGAGUGUGGACAAAGAUUCAAUCAUAAAUUAAGCCUUAAUAGGCACAUGAGAACUCACACUGUAGAUAAGCCUUAGACAUGCCAUAAAUGUGGAGCGAGUUUUGCUCACUAAGGAAACCUUAAAAUUCACAUGAGAAUUUAC